CUGUGCUGCCUUAAAAUGGGCGCGUCGAAGGCGUCUACUGCCUGUAUCCUUUGCGUAAGCGCCGUCAGUAUAAAUACGCAGGCCUGUGUAAAACAUUCAUCAGUUGAUCAUUCAAGACUUAAUAUGAAGGCUUUUGUGUGUCUCUCCGCCCUCCUCUGCGCUGCCUCCGCAGCUCCCCAGCUGUAUGCUGGAGUCAAUCCCGGCUACAGACAAGCCGGUCAGACUAGCCACCAGUCUGUUACCAAGGCUGACGGAGAGGUCAGGACUGUUCAGGUCAGCAAGGCUUUUGGUUCCAACCUUGCCUCUGUCAGCCAGGCUGACAACAGCAAGGGACUUUCUGAGAUCUCCCCCGCUGACGGAGCUGUACUUAACAAUGGAGCUGUUCCCGUCGUAGCUGCUGGAGGAUAUCAUGGAGCCCCAAGAUUUGCUGGAGCCGCCGUCCACACUGCUCCCGCCACUGCUCCCUACCACGCCGCCCCUAUCCACCAUGCUGCUCCCUACCAUGCAGCCCCUGUCCACCAUGCCGCUCCCUACCACGCAGCUCCUGUUGUCCAUGCUGCUCCUGCUUACGCACCUGCCCCCGCUCCCUACCACGCCCCUGCCCCUGCUCCCUACCAUGCCCCAGCCCCUGCUCCUUAUCACGCCCCUGCUGCUUACCACGAAGAGAAGGAGACCCCUGAACCCUACUCUUUCACCUACGGAGUUGCUGAUGAUUACUCCAAGGCUGCCUUCAACGCCGCUGAGACCUCUGAUGCCAACGGAGCUGUGACCGGAGAAUACACUGUUGCUCUUCCUGAUGGCAGGACCCAGCACGUCAAGUACACCGCUGACCACUACAACGGAUAUGUCGCUGAUGUCACCUAUGAGGGAGUUCCUGUCUACCCUGAGGCCAAGCCUUAUGCCCCCGCUAAGCCCGCCUAUGCCCCCGCCCCUGCUUACGCUCCCGCCCCUGCUUACCACGCCUAAGCUGAUUAUUAAGUAUAUAUGUAAUUAUUUAUUUAAUUAUCAUAAAUAGAGAUAAAACAGAUCGUAA